AUGGCUGUUACCUCCUUCUUUUCUAAUUGCAAACGACCACUAGAUCCCACUGCUGGUGGCGCAGUUGGUGACCUGGCCUCCUGGAGUUUCGAUGGCAAUGUGCUAGAGGAGAAGUUACGCAUCUCUCUGCGUCGUUUCUGCGCACCAAAGUCCGUCUUCUACAGUGACCUCAGUUCCAUCUACUCUAACCAACCGAACGGUGCCGAAGAAUACAGUUGCCUGCUGCGGUCCCUCCGCAGCAACGAACCCCGCGGCAUCUGGGACCUGCUGUCCGUCAUCUCAGACAUGUUUCGUCGCCACGAUAAAAAUGGAGUACCCAUCCUAGAUGUUCUCACCCGUUGCAUGCUCGAAAUGGAGGAGGUAAGUCUCACCAGUCCUCCUCUCUUCUUCUCCCUC